GUCCGAAAUUGGAAAACCACGUCGCAGUCUGUGAUGUGUAUGAGAGCGAAAACUACAAAAACCUGUUUCCUCUUCGCUUAGUUCACGAUGUGUUGCCUAUUGUCAUCUUGCUAUGAGCUUCAACAUGCUUUUGAUCGGACUUUCUUUGCUUGGUCUCAUUACCGGAUCCCUCACAGCUGCAUCCAAGGCUGCGAACUUCGAUCUCCCCUCUGCCAUAUUCAGAGAGCACGGCUGCGGCGAGGAAUGCGAGCAGCUCUUUAACCUUGCCGAAAAGCAAGACCGGCAGCUCUUCAGUUCUGACUUCGAUUUUGAUUUCUAUGCGACAGCUCCAGAUUUCAUAGGUUCUCAUCCUGGAGAUCUCUUGAAAUUCGAGUCGGUCAAUCCAAACAAUCUAAAAAUUAGCUCGGGAAUCACUAUCUAUCGUUUUCAAUAUACAUCCCGCGCACUGAACGGCACUUUUGUUCCGGCCACUGGCUUUAUUGGGCUUCCCAAUAAUUCUUCCCGCUCUGAUGAAAAGCACCCUGCCAUUGCCUUUGCCCACGGCACCAGCGGUGUGUUUCGAGGGUGCCCGCCAUCUACAACACCAACCCUAGCUGACUAUUCUAGCUGGAGUCUUCUGGUCAAUAGUGGAUAUGCUGUUGUUGCUCCAGACUACGCUGGACUCGGGAACGACUAUAUCGAACACCAGUAUCUAAGCUUCCCCGCCCACGUAAAUGACCUAUACUACGGCAUGGUCGCAGCUCGACAAGCACUCCCCGAUUCCUUCACCGAUGAAUGGAUGUCUGUCGGGCAUUCCCAGGGCGGAGGCGCAUCUUGGAAGCUUUCCGAAAGCCCGCUGCACCACAGGGGAGGUGCAGGAACCUACUUGGGCAGCGUGGCCAUCGCACCGGCAACAAAGAUAUAUGACAUAGCUGUUGCUACCAUGGAUAUUCUUUUUCAGCGCCUGGACUAUGCUUCGUACGAUAUCAUAUACGAGUUGGCCUGGUUGCCAAUUGCCCUGAAGCGAGCCUUUCCCCGUGCGAGUAUAUCGUUUAUUGCUCAAGAAAUGCAGGAAAGGGUCACUCUCGCUACAGAAGCCCAAUCUUGCAUGUCUGGCAUCUUGUCAUUAGCACACGGCUUGAAACCCAAGGAAUUGAUUACUGAUCCAGCGUGGGUGAAGCAUAACAGGUUUCUGAAAAGAUGGCAGGAUUGGGUUGCUCCAGCAAAUGGAGCAAAGGCCAUGGGGCCUCUAAUGAUUAUCCAAGGGUUGAACGAUACUGCCGUCCUGCCUGAAAUCACCAUCGAUUCGUAUGAUGAUACAUGCCGCCAUGGUAAUGAAGCGCAUAUCAGGCUGUACGAGGGCGCGAGCCAUGUCGACGUAUUCCACACAAGCGCUCCUGAGUGGCUUGAAUUUAUCAGAAAUCAGUUUGCUCAGGAAAAGGGUGACUUCCGUGGUGCGUGCAGCAGCGCCACAAGAGACGCGGUGACUGAUCACUAGGAGGGCUAAAUUAAAAUCGUUGCCAGUCAAUUUGCAAUUUUUGGCUUCCUUUGUAUGGGAUAGUCCCCAGCCAUUAUUAUACCAUUUCUAUAUUUCUUUAAUUCAAAUCCCUAUUCGAUGACU